AUGCGCUCUAGAAGUCAAAUCAGGGAGAAGGGCUUAGCUCAGGAGCCUUUUCCUGGACCAAUGAAAGGGCACAGUUUGCAAAGAUCGCAAGACACAAAGCAGAGCCACCACAACAAAGACCCCCACAAUGAGUCUGAGGCCACCCCUCCAAGCCCUAAGUCACAGAGCGGUAAGGGUCACCAACAAAAAGACCUCUCAAGAGAUGACUUAUUGUUUCUUCUCAGCAUUCUGGAAGGAGAACUGCAGGCUCGAGAUGAAGUCAUAACCAUUUUAAAGGCUGAAAAAGUGGACUUGGCUUUGUUGGAAGCUCAGUAUGGAUUUGCCACUCCGAAAAAGGUGCUGCAGGCUCUCCAGAGAGAUGCUAUUCAAGCAAAAGCUGCCCCUUGGCAAGAGGAUAUCUAUGAGAGACCAAUGAAUGAGUUGGACAAAGUUAUGGAAAGAUGCAAGGAAUCUCAUAAACGAAUCCUGAACCAGCUUUUAAUGGCAGAAAAUGCUCACAGACAAACCGUACUGGAGUUGGAAGAAGAAAGAAGAAGACACAAAGAAUUUGUGGAGAAGAAUGAUGCAUUCAUAAGUAUACUAGAACAGGAAUAUGAAAGAUCAAGGAGGGAUGCCAGCAGAGAAUCCCAACAUGGAACUUCAAAUCAACAGCUCCAGCCAACACUGACAUCACUAAGUUUCACUGGACGGCUCCCCCUGGACCUCUGGGGAAAUCUGUUCACUACACUGGAAGUGGGAAGUUACACAUCAUAA